AUGCCACAAAGUCUUGCUAGGUCGCAAAUGUUGUGGCAGAGCAGUUGCCAUGUGAUGCAGCAACAAUGUUGCCAGCAGCUGCCGCGAAUCCCCGAACAAUCACGCUAUGAUGCAAUCCGUGCCAUCAUCUACUCGAUCGUCCUACAAGAACAACAACCUGGUCAGGGUUUCAACCAACCUCAGAAGCAACUCGGACAGUGUUCUUUCCAACAACCACAACAACAACAACUCGGUCAAUGGCCUCAACAACAACAGGUACCACAGGGUACCUUAUUGCAGCCACACCAAAUAGCUCAACUUGAGGUGAUGACUUCCAUUGCAUUCCAUACCCUGCCAACGAUGUGCAGUACCAAUGUGCCGGUGUACGGCACCACCACUAGUGUGCCAUUCGGCGUUGGCACCCAAGUUGGUGCCUACUGA